GUUUCAGUCCCGAGUACAACUUGUUGCUGCGCAGACGCGAAUCGCUCAUCCGCACGGAGUGUCCGAGUUCGAGUUCGAGACCGAGUCCUCUGCCAAUAUAUCUUUGCUCUCGAUCGCGGCGAUUGCUAAUUCGGCCAUUGUGCUAAUCGAAAUACCGAGAAAUCGCAAUCCCCAAAAGUCGCAACUCUGGUGUAAAACAAGUGCUUUCGAAUAUACAAUCUAUAUCUACGUAUCUUUUGUGAGUUCCAUGCUAAUUGGCAGCCGGGGCUGCCUUUGGCUCAGUUCGAGAGAUGGCCAAGUGUGUUUGUGCAAGCCAUUCGGCUGCGGGGGCUUAAAACAAUUGCUUAGGGCAAUUAAAGCUGCGCCUGCGCGCCCCUUCCUAACCUCAAAAAAUCGUCAGCGGACUCAAAGAAGCUGAAAAAUACAUCUGAAAAAUAACAAAAAAAUAUAUAUGAGUAUAUAAAAGCCUUCGGACGAGACUCUUGUGGCUCGUAAUGUGAAACUGGUUCCUACACAAACACACACAUACACACACGAAUACAUACACACAUAGUUAACAGUCCCACUCGAAAACACACACAUACAGUGAAAUGUAAACACCAAUACAGUGGCGAAUUGCAACGACAACAGCUUAAAUAUAAAACAACAACAACAACAACAGUUUGAGAAACGCAGUGAAAGAGUUGAAAUAAAAUUUAUGAAAAAGUUGUAUCUUUGGCACGCAAAGCUGAGCAAGCAAAAGAGCCGAAAGUAAGCCGCAAGUUCACGAAAAAAAAUAUACAAAAAUAACCCCUAUGACGUCAGGGGUUAUUGCUUGGAACAGGGCUUAAUUCAUCCCACUGUACCAACAAAAAAAAAACAACCAACCCACCACCCACCGUCCAACAAUGCUGCUGCGACGGCGAAACGGCCUUUGCCUCCCCCUCCUGCUGCUGCUCUUGGUCCACUGCAUAUGCAUUUGGCCCGCUUCGGCGGUUCGCGAUCGCUACGCCCGCCAAAACAACCGCCAGCGCCAUCAGGACUUGGAUCGAGAUCGGGAUCGGGAUCGAUUCGUCUAUCGCAGCAGUUCGGCCAGGGAUCGACAGAGGGGCGGGGCCAACUUCGCCCUAGGACUGGGACCCGGUGGAGUUACCAUUCCCACCAGUCUGGAGGAUCAGAAGCCCAACGAGUUUGUCAAGGGAAAAAUCUGCAUUGGAACCAAAUCCCGGCUGUCAGUGCCCUCGAACAAGGAGCACCAUUACCGGAAUCUCAAGGAUCGGUACACAAACUGCACGUAUGUGGAUGGCAACCUGGAGCUGACCUGGCUGCCCAACGAGAAUCUGGACCUGAGCUUCCUGGAAAACAUUCGGGAGGUCACCGGCUAUAUACUGAUCAGUCAUGUGGACGUCAAGCAAGUGGUGUUUCCAAAACUGCAAAUUAUACGCGGUCGCACGCUGUUCAGUUUGUCCGUGGAGGAGGACAAGUACGCCCUGUUUGUCACCUACUCCAGGAUGUACACGCUGGAGAUUCCCGACCUGCGCGACGUGCUGAAUGGCUACGUGGGCUUCCACAACAACUACAACCUCUGCCACAUGCGUACGAUCAAUUGGACGGAGAUCGUGUCCAGCGGCGUGGAUGCGUACUACAAGUACAACUUCACGGCGCCGGAACGGGAGUGUCCGAAGUGCCACGACAAGUGCCUGAAGGGAUGUUGGGGCGAGGGUCUGCACAACUGCCAGAAGUUCAGCAAGGUGACCUGUUCGCCGCAAUGCGCCGGCGGCAGGUGCUUCGGACCGCAGCCGCGGCAGUGCUGCCAUCUCUUCUGCGCCGGCGGAUGCACUGGACCCACGCAGAAGGACUGCAUCGCCUGCAAGAACUUCUUCGACGAGGGCGUCUGCAAGGAGGAGUGCCCGCCGAUGCGCAAGUACAACCCCACCACCUAUGUGCUGGAGGCCAAUCCGGAGGGCAAGUUCGCCUACGGGGCCACCUGUGUGAAGGAGUGUCCGGGCCACCUGUUGCGCGACAAUGGCGCCUGUGUGCGCAGCUGCCCGCAGGACAAGAUGGCCAAGGCGGGCGAGUGUGUGCCCUGCUACGGUCCCUGCCCCAAGACGUGCACGGGCGUCACCGUCCUGCAUGCCGGCAACAUCGACUCCUUCCGCAACUGCACGGUGAUCGAUGGAAACAUCCGCAUCCUGGAUCAAACCUUCUCGGGCUUCCAGGACGUCUAUCCCAACUACACGAUGGGCGCCCGCUACAUACCACUGGAUCCGGAGCGACUGGAGGUCUUCUCCACGGUGAAGGAGAUCACCGGCUAUCUGAACAUCGAGGGCACCCAUCCGCGCUUCCGCAACCUGUCCUACUUCCGCAACCUGGAGACCAUCCACGGCCGCCAACUGAUGGAGAGCAUGUUUGCCGCGUUGGCCAUCGUCAAGUCCUCGCUGUACAGCCUCGAGAUGCGCAAUCUCAAGCAGAUCAGCUCCGGCAGCGUGGUCAUCCAGCACAACCGGGACCUCUGCUACGUGGGCAACAUUCGGUGGCCAGCCAUACAGAUGGAGAAGGAUCAGAAGGUGUGGGUCAACGAGAAUCUCAGGGCGGAACUGUGUGAGAAAAACGGAACCAUUUGUUCGGAUCAGUGCAACGAGGAUGGCUGCUGGGGAGCUGGCGCGGAUCAGUGUCUCACCUGCAAGAAUUUCAACUUCAAUGGCACCUGCAUAGCCGACUGUCGUAAUAUCUCCAAUGCCUACCAGUUCGACAAGAACACGUGCAUGGUGUGCCAUCCGGAGUGCCGGACUUGCACGGGAUCCGGGGCAGACCACUGCGAGGAGUGUGUCCAUGUGCGGGACGAGCAGCACUGCGUGUCCGAGUGUCCGGAGAACAAGUACAACGAUCGGGGCGUGUGCCGCAAGUGCCAUGCCACGUGCGAGGGAUGCACGGGACCCAAGGACACCAUUGGCAUGGGUGCGUGCAAGACCUGCAAUUUGGCCAUCAUCAACACGGACGCGACGGUGGAGCGCUGCCUGCUAAAGGACGACAAGUGUCCGGACGGCUACUACUGGGAGUAUGUGCAUCCACAGGAGCAGGGAUCGCUCAAGCCACUGGCCGGCAAGGCGGUGUGCCGGAAGUGCCAUCCGCUUUGCGAACUGUGCACCAACUACGGCUUCCACGAGCAGGUGUGCUCCAAGUGCAAGGGCUACAAGCGCAAGGAGCAGUGCGAGAACGAGUGUCCGGCCAACCACUACACGGACGAGGAGCGGCGCGAGUGCUUCGAGUGCCAUCCGGAGUGCAAGGGGUGCACGGGUCCGGGCGCCGACGACUGCCUGGCCUGCAUCAACUUCAAGCUGUUCGACGCCAACGAGACGGGCUCGUAUGGCAACUCAACGAUGUUCAACUGCACCUCCAAGUGCCCGCAGGAGUUCCGGCAUGUCAACUACCAGUCGCAGAUCAUUGGACCCUACUGCGCAUCCAGUCCACCGCGGAGCAGCAAGAUGACGGCCAAUCUGGAUAUCAAUAUGAUCUUUAUCAUCACGGGAGCUGUUCUGGUACCCACCAUCUGCAUCCUGUGCGUGGUCACCUACAUUUGCCGGCAGAAGCAGAAGGCCAAGAAGGAGACGGUCAAGAUGACCAUGGCCCUUUCCGGCUGCGAGGAUUCCGAGCCGCUGCGUCCCUCCAACAUCGGCGCCAAUCUGUGCAAGCUGCGCAUUGUCAAGGACGCGGAGUUGCGCAAGGGCGGUGUCCUGGGAAUGGGCGCCUUCGGACGCGUGUACAAGGGCGUCUGGGUGCCGGAGGGCGAGAAUGUCAAGAUACCGGUGGCCAUCAAGGAGCUGCUCAAGUCGACGGGCGCCGAGUCCAGCGAGGAGUUCCUGCGUGAGGCGUACAUCAUGGCCUCCGUGGAGCAUGCCAAUCUGCUGAAGCUGCUGGCCGUCUGCAUGUCCUCGCAAAUGAUGCUCAUCACCCAGCUGAUGCCGCUGGGCUGCCUGCUGGACUAUGUGCGCAGCAACCGCGACAAGAUCGGCUCCAAGGCGCUGCUCAACUGGAGCACCCAGAUCGCCAAGGGCAUGUCGUAUCUGGAGGAGAAGCGACUGGUCCAUCGCGACCUGGCCGCCCGCAAUGUGCUGGUGCAGACGCCCUCGCAGGUAAAGAUCACGGACUUCGGACUGGCCAAGCUGCUGAGCAGCGACUCCAACGAGUACAAGGCGGCCGGCGGCAAGAUGCCCAUCAAGUGGCUGGCCCUGGAGUGCAUCCGCAACCGCGUCUUCACCAGCAAGUCGGACGUGUGGGCCUUCGGUGUGACCAUUUGGGAGCUGCUGACCUUCGGCCAGCGACCGCACGAGAACAUACCGGCCAAGGACAUACCCGAUCUCAUCGAGGUCGGCCUGAAGCUGGACCAGCCGGUCAUCUGCUCACUGGACGUCUACUGCACCCUGCUCUCGUGCUGGCACCUGGAUGCGGCUAUGCGACCGACCUUCAAGCAGCUGACCACGGUCUUCGCCGAGUUCGCCCGGGAUCCAGGUCGCUACCUGGUCAUCCCCGGUGACAAGUUCACCCGCCUGCCGGCCUACACGAGCAAGGAUGAGAAGGAUCUCAUCCGGAAGCUGGCGCCGACCAGCACAGAUGGCCCCGAGGCGAUUGCGGAGCCGGAUGAGUACCUGCAGCCGAAGACGGGGCCGGGUCCUAGCCACCGCACCGAUGGCACCGAUGAGAUACCCAAGCUGAAUCGCUACUGUAAGGAUCCCAGCAACAAGAACUCUAGUGGCGGCGACGAUGAGACCGACUCGGCUGCUCGGGAGGUGGGCGUGGGUAAUCUGCGUCUGGACCUGCCGGUCGAUGAGGAUGACUACCUGGUGCCUACAUGCCAAACGGGGCCCAGCAGCAACAACAACAACACCAACAAUCCCAACCAAAACAACAUGGCAGCGGUAGGCGUGGCCGCUGGCUACAUGGAUCUCAUCGGAGUUCCCGUUAGCGUGGACAAUCCAGAGUAUCUGCUGAAUGCGCAGGCUCUGGGCGUGAGCGAGGCACCGAUACCGACGCAGACCAUCGGAAUUCCGGUGAUGGCAGUGCCGGGCACCAUGGAGGUCAAGAUGCCGCUGCCCGGCAGUGAGCCAACCAGCUCAGACCACGAGUACUACAACGACACUCAGCGGGAGUUGCAGCCGCUGCAUCGAAACCGCAACACGGAGACGAGGGUGUAGACUGUAGUCUGUGGAUGUAACGGAACGGAACGGAAUAGCGAACGGAGAAUCUUGCCAAGUGCCUUUGGAAGCCAUGCCGCUGCUGGCUGCCAUCUGCCAUCUGCCAUCUUAGAUGGGACAGCCUGUGCACAGCCUGUACAAAGCCUAGACCGACCCAUAGAUUUGUAUAUUACUACCGAUAUUACUCUCUAGUGUACUUAGCAGUCCUUUCCCUCUUUGUGUAUACCUUUCUAUCUAAACAAGUAGUCAGCAGGGAUCGUUGUCGCGAUCCUGCGCAUGUAGAUUCCAUGUAAUCACGAGAACAAAACACCGAUAGUGCAUUUCUUAGACGCCUCCGACAGACUUCAAGGGAUCCCAUCCGGAUCGGAUCGGAGGGCACACACUAAGCUAAUCCGAUGUCCAGUUCACUUGGGGCGUCCACAACUUCUUGUACUUGUAGUUAGCCGUAGUCCCAUGUAGCGCCUAAUCUCCAACUGUGAUAUAGUUUGUACGACUCUUGACCUAAGGACCUUUAACACGAUAACGAUCAAACAAAUCGAACGACUCGACCGACACACAUUUAAGCAAAUGAAAAUAGUAGAAAAAGUAAUCAAUGAGUAGCCACAUACCGAUCUUAUGCAAUUUUAGGCCUAGUUUCAAAUCCCAUUCGAUAUAUCGAGUUUGACAAUCAAAUCCCGAGCGUGCCAUGCAUCGAUCGAUGCAAAUCUCCUAAAGAUUUCGAAUAUUUUGUUGGCACACUAGCGUGUAAGCGAAUGCCUAGGCGAUAUGUUACUGAUCAAAGAUAAAUAAGUAAUCCACACAAACAUAUACUUAUAACACACAAUAUAUGUACCACUUAUACACGUGUAGAUUUGCCAAGUGCAGUUAUGCAUACCGAUUAAGUUAAUUUAAUUUAAAUUAGACUACAUAUAUGUGAAUAUAUUAUACACAAAUAAAAUUAUUUUCAAUAAAUA